AUGAGUUGGCAAGUGCCUAUUGUUAGUGUUUUGUUAUGUUAUCUUAUAUGUUUUUGCUCUCAUGGAUAUGCUAAAUUGGCGCCCGACUACAUUCACCCUUGCAAUGAGACAUCACGAGAAUGCCUAGUAAAAUCGACGCAAGAGGCGAUUCCCGAUUUCGUCAAAGGCAUUCCAGAACUUGGAGUACCAGUUCUAGAUCCAUUCACCAUUGAGAAACUCUCCAUCCCAUUGAGCGGUUUGACCUUCACCUUCUAUGAAGGCAAAGUGUCUGGCUUCAGAAAAUGCAUUGUGGACGAUGUUAUAUCGGAUCUCGAAAAGCGGCACUUCGUUCUGGCAUUCCACUGCAACUUGACUAUUAAGGGUACUUAUGAUGCCAAUGGAAAAAUCCUUCUAUUCCCUAUUGACGGUGCGGGCAAUGCCAAAAUUAAGCUGACUAACCUUCGCAUGAAGGUCGACAUUAAAACGAAGUACAUAAAAGAUAACAAAGGUGUCAAUCACUUUGCUGUGAAAAGCUAUAAAUACACCUUUGAUUACGGUGACCGAGUCUCGUUCGAACUUGAGAAUCUCUUCAAGGAAAGCAAAGAGCUUAGCAGAACAGUACUUCAAUUUCUAAACGAAAAUUGGCGGUUAGUAGCAGAAGAAUUUGGAAAACCGAUAGUAGACUACGCCGUAGAUCUAGCAAUACGGACUAUCGAAAAGUUCUUCAUUGCAGUGCCUUAUGAAGAACUCAUUAAUGUUCCCAUUCCUAAAUUUUAG